AUGAAUAUAUCAAGAGACAGUGUGCAAGAGAAUUCUUACGUUGCUAACCAGAUUGUAGUUGUUUCCAAUGCUUACAUGGAUAUCGAAUAUAACAACAGCGUUCUAAGGGCUCAGCUCAUAUCGCUAAGGGAGAAGCUGCACUCACUUAACUCUAUCAUUGAGAUGUCGGAAGGAGCCAUGGCAGAUGUCUUUCUGAUGAACCCUUGGCAGAUGUGUUUCUCUUCACAGCCUACAUUUUCCUCUGCUGAUAUUUUUGAAAACUGA